CUUAUCUCUCUCUCUGACCCCAAAACAGAGAGAAGAACAAAUCUCCCCAAAGCUUCACAUUUCAAUCCCCCUUUUUCCUCUCCUCCUUAAUUUUCUCUCUCCUCCUCCUCCUCGGAGCCUCGGCAGCUCAAGGCGUUCUUUAUAAAGAUAUGAACAAAUUUGCUUCUUACGAGCGGAACGCCAUGGCAGGCUUUGAGGGGAUGAAGAUGGUGGAUUCAGUUGUGUGCCCAAAACCACGUCGUUUAAGCGCCUUUAAUCCGUCGCUUAAUGACUCUAUCAGAUCUCCUUAUCGAUGCUUCAACCAAUACCAAUCAGAGGUUGGAGAUUCUCAGGCAGCGUCUGAACUUCUGGACCUGAUUCUCAAUAAGGGGGAUAGCGGAGGUGAGAGAUCCAUGAAGCAAUUGGCUUUAUCGCCGCCGUUUUUUAGUGGUUCUCCGCCGAGCCGGGCGUCAAACCCGGUGAUCCAAGAUGAGCAGUUUGGGUUGAGCAGCAAGGUGGGGCCCUUUUCGCCGACGGCGGGGCGCAACGGAGGCUGUGUCCGGAUGAAAUCCGGGGACAAGCCAGUUGCUGUGCGCAUCGAAGGGUUUGAUUGUCUUAGCAGGGACCGCAGGAACUGCAGCAUCCCUUCUGUAGCUUAAAUCUGACUACAAAAUAUUGAAGGAAACACCAAACCCUCCAUAAGCAUCGGCGUUUUUAUCAGAAGUGAUGGAAGAGGGUGUUUGGGGAGAGAGGAAUCUAGAGAGGAGAAGCUUACUAAUUUUGUUUUUGUUUUUGGGUCUCUUGGAGUGUGUAAAUUUUUUGUAUAUAGGAGUCCUAUGGUCAAUCACUCAAUCUGAUGUUAUUCCUUUUGUAUUGUAAAACCAGAAGGAUAAUGUAUAUGUAAAUUAAGAAUGGUGAGUUGGGAGAUAAUGAAGAUGUUGGUUUUUGAGGAAUAAAGAGAAGAAAUAGUGAGUCUGUAGCCAUCUCUGUUUGGGGAGAUAGAGGUUUCAUGGGACGAGUUUGUAAUCUCCCAAAAUCCUUGUCUGGUUCUCUGUCGUCCUCCCUUUGUAAUUGUGUAUUUUGGAGGAACCGAGGAUUUAGAUCUUUUGGAAUUUAUAAAAUUGUUGGUAGUUCAUGUGUUA